CAGUAAUCAACGAAAUUUACAUGUCGGCUUCUGCAUGCUGCGAUGAGGCCUCUCUGUCUUGGCGUUCGACUCGAUGGUGCGUCGCAGCCUCAGAGAGUCUGCACGCGUAUGAGGAUCCGGAGCGAAGUCCUGCAAGACCACAACGCGUCAAUCCCUGAUUGCGCCAGACACUCCCUCGCUUGAGCAAUGCACCACAGCAGCCAUGGCGAGAAAGCGCAGAUGGGCUGACAAUGCAUCCAGCCGCCCUCUCAAAAUUCCGAAAACAGCGAAUGAAAGACCGACCUUCGGUAAUGAAGCAUUGGCUCGAUCCCGGUCUUCGCCAGUAAUCCAUCAUGGUGUACUCUCUUCUUUUUAUUCCAGGGUUUGUACCUUACGAGUGUUUUUAUUAGCACAGCUACCACCAACUUCUCGCGUCAGACGGCGGACUCUCUCUGCAUUUGCCGAGGACAAUGCUGGUUCCAUUCUUGAUACAUGCCUUGUUGGCAUUCUGAAAGAACCAUCCAUCUCGAUUAAAGAGUCGCGCAAAGUCGACUUUAUCACAUUUACGCAGAGUCAACAGCGGGCCACCAGUGGGACCAACAUCCAUACACAACGAUGUUGCAUGAACGAGAUUGUCGACUUUGUGGUUUGGUCCUUGUUUCGGGGAACCUUCAGAGGACUUCGCCCACGCCACAUCCUAUGCCAUGGUCUUCAAAGAGCUUCAGCCCUAGCAGGAUCCGUCGAACCAGAGAACAGAGGCGUUCUGCCGGGCAUAGUUCGGCAUCAUCCCAACGACAGCAUCAGUGUUUUGACAUCAAGCCCAUGGACGAAUAUCCUAACAUUGCUGGGAAACGAUGCCGAAGCCAUCAUUUCGACUUUAUUACUUGAUUGUGGCAUCUUCACAAAGCUUUCGGGAGGCAAUGGCAACUAUUACCAACUCAGUGGAACUCCCUUAUCUGAAUUGAAACAAAUACGGGCACCAUCGAGAAGCCCAAAGCCUUCAGCCAUACAAGAUGAGAAUGUUAGCCGUGGUACUGCUGAUAUCCGAUUUGUCAGAAACCGAAUCCUGUAUGCAAAAUCCUCAGUAAACAAGGCCGGGAAAAUAAAAUUUGGCUUGCAUCACACGCAUGUGUUGGAACGAUGCUCUCACUCUACACAAUACAGUCACGGUGCCCAUGUUGCCAAAUACAUUUUUCCGAGACAAUUCGGACUACACAAUGUUUUCACCUCUACCACAGAUCUUACAGAGACUGCUCAGCAAUUUAAAGACUAUACUAUCCGAGAGCAAGAAAUCAGAGGCCUAUGCAGCCGGGCUCCUACAAGAUUACCGCGUCGACUCCGCGGCAAGACUCUGGAGCUGGUGAAGAAGAUCCAGCAUAAUCACCACAGAUGUUCAUACACUCAGCUAUUGCGGCAUUAUUGUUCUCUUGGUGGUUCGUCGGACCAAGCAUCGACGGGGUAUGGUCUCGAACAGCAUAUUUCUAGCUCAGAGCCGUUCGUGACGCAGGUUCAUGCUUUUUCCUCGAUAACGGGAUCCUCGCUCCCAACCACUGUCACUAAUGACAGUGGAAACUCGUUCCUACCGUAUUCAACACACCCUUCGAGAGUCUCCGCAUUUUGCCGGACGACCAUAACACAUCUCCUUCCCAGGGAUGCCUUCGGAAUCGGCGCCGAUGGCCGUCGGAAUCACCAAAAUAUCAUGAUGCGCGUAGAUGAAUUCGUGCAGAUGCGCCGCUUUGAGAGCAUGACCCUGCACAAAGUCGUCCAAGGGCUCCGUGUCAAGUCCAUCCCAUGGCUUUGUCCACCUGGUAAAGAAGGAUCGAGAUUGUCCAAGUCUGAUCAUUCGAAACGACUUGAGCUGCUUUACGAAUUCAUCUACUACGUCUUUGACUCUCUGCUAAUCCCACUCAUUCGAGCAAACUUCUACGUCACCGAAAGCUCUGCACAUCGUAAUCGAUUGUUCUACUUCCGACAAGACGCGUGGCGUAAGCUUUCGGAGCCCAGCCUCACUGGGCUCAAGGUGAGCAUGUAUUCGAAUAUCAAACCUCACCAAGCUCGUCAGAAAUUACAAGGUCGAACUUUGGGAUAUAGUCAUAUACGCUUACUGCCCAAAGACCAUGGAGCGAGACCAAUCACCAACCUCCGACGCCGGCAGUGGAAGAUAGUGUCUGGCCGAAGGAUAUUGGGAACUAGCAUCAACACCCAGCUCAGUCCAUUGUUCAGUGUGCUCAAUUACGAACGUGGUCAAGAUCCAGCACCACUAGGGUCAGCGAUGUUUUCUGUCGCGGACUUGCACAGCAGGAUAUCCAAGUUCCAAAAUGCCAACUCGCAAGGAUCGCCAUUGUUCUUUGUCAAGGUUGACAUCCAGUCUUGCUUUGAUAGCAUUCCACAAGACCAGCUGCUGGUUAUUGCUAGACGAGUCUUGUCCAAUCCCUUAUAUCGAACAACUCGGCAUACGGAGAUAAAGUGCUUGGAUGGAAUAGGGAAGAAUGACUGCAACUCCUUACGACGACGAUAUAUUGGAUCAGCUCGAUCGGCAGAUGACACAGCGGUGUUUUCAGAGUUGGCUGCGAACGCCGUUGCAGACAGGAAGCGCAAAGUGGUUUUUGCAGACACUGGCAACCAGCGACUGGUUUCAAAGUCGGCAAUGCUGAAACUUCUCCAUGAGCAUGUCGGAGAUAACAUUGUGAAAAUGGGCAAAAAACACAUGAGACAAAUAAAAGGAAUUCCUCAGGGUUCAGUGUUGAGCAGCCUCCUCUGUAGCUACUUCUUCGGCGCAUUUGAGCGAGACGAGUUGGGCUUCUUGAAGGCAGAUUCUUCCAUGCUGCUCCGGCUGAUCGAUGACUUUCUCUUGAUAACAAGCGACGCGCAGAUAGCAAAACACUUCCUUGAAGUCAUGUCCGGCGGAAACAAGAAAUAUGGCAUCGUGGUCAACGCAGAGAAAUCGCUUGUCAACUUUGAUGUAUCCAUCAAUGGACACAAGAUCCCGCGCCUUUCUGGCGAGAGGUUUUUCCCAUACUGUGGAAUGGGCAUUGACACGAAGACAUUGGAGCUCCAAAAACAUCGAGAAAAAACAGAUGCAUACGUAAACAACACACUAACCGUUGAGACCAGCUCCAGGCCUGGUACGACAUUGAGAAGGAAGGUGCUGGCUUCAUUGAAACUGCAAAUGCACGCGAUGCUACUAGACAUGUCGUUGAACAGCCGAAAGCAGGUCAUAUUGACGCUCCUCGGAAAUUUUACUGAAACGGCUAUGAAAAUGCAUCAGUAUAUAGUCCGGAUGGGACGAGGGGUUCACUCUUCCCAGAUGUUCGUCAGAACGCUGAUCGAAGAACUGGUGACCGUCAGCACGAAGAUCUGCUGGGUGAAGAAUAACUGCCAACGAGACAUCACCAGAGCACAGAUGUGCUGGAUUGCAGCUGCAGCAUGUGAGGGUGUGCUCUCGCGCAAACAAAGUCGAUACAAGGAUGUUUUGAUAUGGCUUCGAUCAUUAAGGGAAAGCACAGAAGACCAGAUGAAGGUCGAGAGGAAGGUUCUGAGCACACUGCUUGAAGAAAACAAACGCACAUUCCAUGGCUACGCGUACUGA